AUGCCCUUCAACUUCCCAGAGAAGAAGAACUUGUACCGCCGGGUCAAGAUGCCUCUACUCGCCGCCAGCGUCGUCGUCAACAGCUCAGAGAUGCUCGUGCUAUUAAGAAUAGCGAGAUCGUUGACUGAUCAUGCCGAUGCUAGUGAACUCCUGGGCGCUGAUGCUCUCGACACUAUCGAAAGGAUACUCGACCAUGCAAGGGCUGGUGAAAUCAACGAAGAUCCGGAGUCUGAUACGUCGUCAAUAUCAGGACAACAUCUGCCCGAACAGCCCGACGAGGAAACUCCUAUCGCACCUGCGCCGGUUCUCGAGGACAACAUUAACAAUGAGUCGGAAGAGGAACUGGAAGAGCGAUCUGCCUCAGCUACCCUUGAUUUUACGGAAUCAACGACCCUGGAUUUUACAGAAUCAGUCACUCUCGAUGCCUCAGAGUCACAUACUGCAGAGAAUUCCGCGCCCAGUUCACAUUAUCAUUUACCAGUGGACACCACAGAGGAGGUUCGCCACACGCCAUUGGAUUUCACUAUGUCUGUGACGGCUUUCAAGAUGGCCUUGCUAGUCACAGACGCGAGUUUUUCACGAUCCACCUGGACUGCCCUUGUCGAGAUUUUACGGACGUCCCCCAUUGAAGAACUUCGAGCUUUACCGAAGGAAAAGGACAGCCUUGUCAAGCAGCUCAAGUCCCAGAUACCGUUAUGCACCAUUCGUAAAAAGGUUGUCACUCUCGAUGCAUCUAAACUACCGAACCGGGCUCUUCACGUCGAAGAUUUACUUGCCUUUGACUUGAAGCAUAUGCUGGAGACAAUGCUUAGUUCGUCAAGCAUUCGCAAACUGACAUAUCAGGGAAUGGCUCGUUUUAACCCCUCAGGGAGAGAAAUGUGGGAUUCCAGGGUUUGGGGUGAAUCACUUCGCACGACAUCCGGUCAAUUUCACCGAUAUACCGAUAAAACGCCUAUCUUCCCGUCUGACUUCGUGAAACACCGCUGCUACGACAAGCGCUGUUGUCCCGAUAACGCCGCGCCUAGACAUACUGGACGAGUUACCUGGGCAGGGUUGGACUAUUCUGACGACGCGAGAAAACGAGGCACUGUUGGGGAUCCUAUCGUUUUCAUCGAGCCGCUAUUUACGCCCCAGACACUGCCCCCAGAUAGCAGAGAAGCCUUUACGCAACUCCCUGCUUUUACGCCAAGCGCUGCGUUUCAGCGUGAAGUUAUCCUCGGUGAAAAAAUGGCGGUAAGGCUACCCGCCAGUACUGUCGUUGAAAGGGUCGAGCCUUUUCUUUUUUACGACUUUGAUCCAAAGAGACCCGAUACACACUCCCCUCCGCCGACCGCGUAUAACGUGAUCCGAUAUAUCCUGGAUGGAGACACUCGACAGUUUAGGGCUUUGAUAAUUUCAAACCCACACCGCGGUGAACUCGAGAUUCAGACAUACGGGCGCGACUGGUUUGUUAACCAGUUCGAUGGUCAGCGUCAGCCAGUCCUAUCACUGCCAUGGAAGCUUUUCUGUGAUGCGUUUGGGGUUUACCGAAAUAUGUACAGGUCAAUCCUCGGCAUCUACGGUCUUCCUGCAUUCCUGCCGGAUAGUAUAGGCACCCGGCGUGCCCACGUUUUACCAAUCACACUCGUUCCUUUUGGCGCAGACCAUGUCGAGGCCCUCCAGAGUUUAACGCAGCUAGGCCAGUUAGAUCAGGGAUGCCGUCUUACGAUCGCCGGAAAAGACCAGUUCGUGUGCGCCUUUCCCCUCUGCUUUCUCGGAGAUAUGGUUCAGCAACAGGAACUCUCUGGUUGCCUGUCAUGGCGAGCAUCAGUCCCUUGUCGUGAAUGCCUUAUUACGACAGCGCAACGAUCAAACCUUGACUUCGAUGUCAUCAAGAAUGGCCGGUUUUACCAUCAUAUGCAACGUACUCGUAAGGAAUCCGAGGUUAUUCCUCAGGUCAAGGCAAGACGCGAAGCAUUCAGAGCAGUGGGACUACGAGAGGAAGAUGAUUUACAGCGUGCAGUCGCCUUAUGGACCCCAGCCCUUGAUCCGUUUAGGACAAGGGUACCAGAUGCAGCACACUCUGAAUUAACAAGCCUGGUGAAAACAGUACAUCGUAUUCUCCUAGCCCAUAUUAUCAGGUCGCAAUACCACGAGGACUAUUUACGAUGGUUUCAACAGUUCCGACUCCCACCAGGGUAUAAGCGUAUUCAAUCACCUCUUACACACGCUGAAUCUUGGCGGAUUAUGGAAUGCAGCAUGGCUUCUAUUAUUGUACCGGUGAUACUACGACAUUUUCUCUCGCCUCAUCAUAUCCACCCAGAUUUCACCGCCGCUAUUGUAUCAGAAGCACCGAAUUUCUUCCCUGACGCCUCUAAUCCAGGAUCUGCGUCUUCCAUCGUCGUCAAGUGCUUCUGGAACAUUGCCAAGUCUAACUUGCAGGUCUGCGGGCGACACCCCCCACCACUUACACGUACCGAGUUUCUGCGUGUUGUUAUGUCUGGCCGCAAGUCUUUCCAACUGCUAGUACAGGCUGCCGCGAAAAGCAUCCGUUCACAAAAUCCGAGAGGGAGGCAAAAGACACAGCAAGUUCAAAUUCCCGACAACCUGACUCAAGCAAGCCAAAUCACAACUGCGACCGGCUUCACGAACAUAGGCUCAAUAAAUGGAGAUACCCUGGAUCCUGAGAAGUUGACCGGAUCCAAGAAAGCGCUAGCCUAUUACCGUAUGAAGGGUUUACUAAACGUUCAUGUCGGUUUACAUCUUUGGGAUAUUUCCUAUACAUAUGGGAUGUGUCGCAAUGCCUUUACUCUUCUGGGCGAGGAUAAGCAUCGGGAAUAUAAGAGGGAUAUCACCAAGACAAACCAUCGAAACGCAGCUUCCACUCUAAUUUUUCGCGAAAGAAUCAGAAAAGCGAUGCAAUUCGGUCUCGCUGGUUCGUACGAGACUUCCUAUCCCGAUAUUCACAACGCCUUUUGUCAUUUCCGUCGGGAUUGUAAAACUCUGUCAAUCAGAAUUGAGAAUCAGAUGCAGGUCGGCUCGAUCGAGGAGGAUGCAGAAUUAGAGCCUCUAGCCUGGGCUAUUAGAAUCAAGGAUGAUCCAGAACAUCGAAGGCCUAGACAGAGUCGACUUCUAAAACAGACAGCUAUACAACAGCAGGAUGAUCCGCUUCUACGUGUUCUUCAACCGUCCAAGGAACCCGAGGAUGGUGAAUUUUACCAACUGCUUCAGAAAGCAUACAGGGACGACUAUAACAUGACAAACAUACCCGUCGUAAAAGGAGACACUCCACGAUGGAGUGGCAGGAUUGCUUUCACGAGAAGCAAGAAUGAAGAUAUCUGUUUUAGCUGCGGCGACUUUGUUUGGACAGGAAGUCCUCGCCGCCUUGCCCGUAUCGACGGUGUUUUCGGGCAUAAAAUCUCCUCGUCCUACCGAAUCUUCUUCGUGCUCACUUUCACCAACUCCAACACGACAGAACUACCUCCAGAUGAAAUCCUUGGAUGCCCAGUCUAUAAGUUAACAGACUUCCGCCAUAUUGCUGGGCUUCCGGCCAUUCACCCGGACCGUGAAUGGAUUGUGCCAAGGGAGGAUAGGACGCUGCUAAUCCGCCUUUUGAUAUCUAUAUUGUAGACAGAGGGCAGUGCGGUAGUUUGCAGACUAGGAGUAAGAAACAGAGGACGGAAUUUUAACCGUUUUACCACUACCUAAUAAACGCCUUAUACCAG